UUGCCAUGCUCUCGUGACAUGGCUAUGAGAAGAUACAAAUGCCUGCAAAAAAGAAUGUCGAAAGAUUCUGUAUUAGCUAAGGCAGUCAUUGAGAAAAUGAGGGACUAUGAAAGGCAGGGUCAUAUACGACGAUUAUCGCCUGAAGAACUGUCGAUGAAAGGCCCCCGAGAUUGGUUUCUGCCCAUAUUCCCGGUUUUCAAUGUGAACAAACCAGGCAAGGUUCGAGUAGUUUUCGACGCAGCGGCGAAGGUUCAGGGUGUUAGCCUCAACACAUAUUUACUAAAUGGACCAGAUCUGUUGGCAGGGCUUCUAUCCGUAUUAUAUAAAUUCCGUGAGCAUCGUGUGGCCAUAGUUGGGGAUAUUAAGGAAAUGUUUUUCCAAGUCCGUAUGAAACCAGAUGAUCAACGAUCCCAGAUGAUUUUAUGGAACGAGAACGACUUUACAGGUAGCGAACCGGAUGUCUAUGCAGUUGCUGUUAUGACUUUCGGUGCUGCAUGUUCGCCAAGUACCGCACAGUUCAUUAAAAAUUUGAACGCAGACCGUUUUGCUGACAAAUAUUCACGGGCUGUAAAAUGCAUAAAGGAAGAACAUUAUGUAGACGAUCUUUUGGCCAGCGCUGAAACUGACGAAGAAAUCAUCACGUUAGCUGAACAAGUCCGGCAUAUCCAUGCUGAAGGUGGUUUCGAAAUCCGAAACUGGCUGUCUAACUCACAUCGUGUGACAUCUCACCUACAACGCGAGGCAUCACCCGAAGACAAGAUAAACAUGUGCUCCGAUGAUCGCACCGAAAAGGUUUUGGGUAUGUGGUGGGAUACGUUAACCGACACAUUUACUUUCAAGCUAUCCCCCAAACACGACAUACAGCUGCUAUCUGGAGGACGGAUGCCAACAAAACGCGACGUUCUGCGAACAGUGAUGGCGAUUUACGAUCCAAUGGGAAUCAUCGCGAAUUUUCUCAUGUACGUAAAAAUUCUUAUGCAGGAAAUUUGGCGUGCUGGCCUUGGAUGGGAUGAUGUGUUGUCCGGUCGACUAGCCGAAAAAUGGAGCGUUUGGGUUGCGGUAUUGCCGACUAUUUCACAAGUACGUGUUCCUAGGUGCUAUCGUCAGUUCACUUCGGUAAAUGCAAAAAUACAGCUUCAUGUAUUCUGCGAUGCCAGCGAGAACGGGAUGGCUGCAGUGGCGUUUUUCCGUUUCAACGAUGGGGGUAUUAUCGAAUGCUCUCUGGUGGGUGCCAAAACUCGCGUAGCUCCGAUUAAGUUUGUAUCCAUCCCGCGCCUAGAACUGCAGGCCGCAGUCAUAGGAGCCCGCUUUGCUGCAGCGAUUAUCGCCCAACACCGAAUAGCCAUCGAACGCAUUUUCUACUGGACCGAUUCACGUGACGUGAUAUGCUGGAUGCGGUCUGAUCAUCGCCGAUUUAGUCAGUUCGUUGCUUUCCGAGUAGGCGAACUCCUGGAGACGACUUCUGUGCAUGAGUGGCGCUGGCUAUCAACAAAGUUAAACGUAGCUGAUGAUGGAACGAAGUGGCAGAAGGUACCAACUGCAGAUCCCGAUAGUCGCUGGUUUCGCGGACCGGACUUCUUGUGGAAGCCCGAGUGUGAGUGGCCAGUUCCCGAACAAUAUCCCACCGACACGAAGGAAGAGUUACGGCUACACAUGAUGCAUCAUAACACAAACACGAAGCCAUGGAUUCAGCUCGAGCGUUUUUCAUCCUGGAAUCGCUUGUUAAGGUCAGUAGUGUACGUCUUACGAUUUGUCUCCUUUAUCGUUUCUAAGAGAACGGCUAGAACAACAGGACCGCUAACACAAGGCGAGCUUGAAAAAGCAGAAUAUGCCAUUCUUCGAUUGGCACAGAGGGAUGCCUUUUCACAGGAGAUACGACGAUUAACCGACGCACGUGACGCAAGCGAACAACGUUGCACAUGGAAAUCCGUGUUGCCGAAGACGAGCAUACUUGCAAAGCUGUCCCCCGAGGUCGAUGACAACGGAGUACUGAGAAUGCGCGGACGCCUGACCAAUUGUCCUUGGGUUAGCGAAUCUACCAAGCGGCCCGUGAUCCUGCCACGACAACACCAGGACAUGUCAGCACUGCAAAAACCGUGAUGCCAAGCCAGAGCCUCCAGAGAUGGGGAACCUUCCCUCCGAGCGUCUUGCUGCUUAUCA